AUGGUGGCCUCGGAAUUCUCGCCCUCAGAGGCCUCCGGGUUUCAUACCCGGCACCGUGUAUCGACGGACAAGUCCAACCCCUCCCCUUCGUCCACCGAAGCGUCCAACGCGCCCCGCCGUGAUUCAGACUCGAAAGACCAGGGCCAAGGCUCCAAACCCCCACGCAAGAUCAACCGUACUGCCCCAUCCCUGAAGCGCAAUGCAGCUUGUCUCCCCUGCCGCCGCCGCCGGAUCAAAUGCGACGCCGGAAAACCGUUCUGCUCGUCUUGCUCAAAGACAUAUCUUUUUCUCAGAAGGACACACCCAGAUGCAGAGAGAGACGCAGCGGGAGUGCCGUGCGUGUAUGAGCCAGACCCAGACGAGGAUGAAGUGCUGUUGGCAGCGGGGACGAAAAGGAAGGCGGAGGAGGAGAAGGCAAAGGACGAUUUAAUCAGGGAUUUGCAGGCAAGAGUCGGUGAGUUUUCAAGCGCUUACCGCUCCACGUAUGCUAACGCUUUCACAGCAAAUCUGGAAUCUAAUCGUGGCCCGUCAAACCAACCGGGACCAAGCUACUACCCCACCCAAACCCCAUUACAAUCCUCCGCCUACCCAACAUUCGACAUUCAAUUCACCCCCAGCGACAACAGCUCUUUCACAAACUCUCUCCCCGCGCAGGCGUACCCGAAUGAUCCGCCGCCAUUCCAGGGUGCGAUCAGCUCGGAUGAGUAUACGGAUGGGGCGCAGAAUGGGACGGGCGGGGGCACGUUGGGGGAAGAGUCGGGGAAGGUGAAUGAUCCGAUGUUGGACAUGUUUUGGCCCGGCUGGCCUCCUACCCUGCCUGCUCAAAAACUAACGAUGUACAGCGUCGAAACAUUCUUCUCCUCCGUCCCCUGCAUCCCCUUCAUCUUCAACCGCCAAGACUUCCUCUUCCGCCUCUCCCUCCCCCCGAUCCACCCCCUCUUCCCCCAGCGAUCCCUUCUCCACGCCAUCUGCGCCGUCGCCUCCCGCUACUCUCUCGCCGUCAAAACGCUGCCCAUAGAGGAUUAUAUCAAUUUGGAGGAUUAUGAUGCACGGACGAUGCAUGGGAGGGGGUGUUGGAUUGAAGUGCAAGAUAUGCUUUGUUUUUCGGAGAGGAAUGCGAGGCAUGCGGUGGCGACUAUGAAUUAUCACCAUAUUGGCGGGAGGGGGUUGUUGGAUACUUGUCAGGCUCUUCUGGUAUUCAACUACUGGUGCCAAACAACCUGCCGCUGGAUGGAAGGCUGGAUGAACAUCGGUGCCGCCUGCCGUCUCGCCACCUGCCUCGGCCUCUUCUCUUCACUCUCCUACCACCAUCCUCCACCCCACCCUCCCGCCGACCCGGCUUCCCCAUUCCCAAGGCCGCAGACGCCGGUGGUGCAGCAGAGUAUAUUGGGCCCGCCGAGGACGGAGGCGGAGAGGGAGGAGAGGCUGGCGACGGCGUGGAUGGCGUUUUGUCAGGAUUCGGAGGCGGCGGUUAGUUCGGGGUGGGUUAAUCAGUUGGGGGUUGAGGAACUCACCAUACCCUUCCCAGCAAGCCGAGCAGAUAGGUGGUCGGAAAGACCCAUACCCGAGAACGUACAGACAUAUCAUUCAACCGAUAUCAACAUCUCACACCCAGUCCCAGACGCAUUCGUGCUCCUGAUCAAAGGCCAAAUCCUCCUCUCCCGCGUGGGCGUCUUUAUACGCCGGUACAGAAGACUGUCAAUGGAUGAGAAGGAGACUGUUAGGGAGAGUAGUGAGUUUAGAGAGAUUGAGAAGGAUAUUCAGCACAUCCGAUAUAGUUGGCCGGCGGGGCUGAAAGACCCGGUACAGUAUAUGAAUGGGUAUCAGAAACAGAUUGAUGCCGACCUUAUCAGUGCGCAUCUACUACCACCUACCGCCGCUAUACUCCUCCACGAACCUUUCGCCGACCUAUCCGACCCUGCCUGUCCGUCGGCGCGCAAGCUGUUGCACGAGUCGAAAGGUUGUUUGAAGGUGGUAUUUGAGAUGUGUAAUAAUAGCGCUGCUAUUUCGUAUAGUGUUUCUGCUAUUGCGCCUUGGUUUUUGUAUACUGCAGCGAGGACGUUGUUGUUGUUCUACCGCCGGGCGUUGGCGACGAGUGAUUUGAAGAAGGUUGUAGAGUACCAUAACGAGAUCGCCGCCGUCCGGCAAGUCCUCCCCUCUCCCCUAUAUACAAAAUUGACCCCUCAAUAG